UCAAGCCAUGAGAGAAGACCAUCAAAGAUUCCAACUCCAAGCAGGGGCAACAGUUUUUCUGUUGGUUUUACAGCUCUGCUGCGCCUUGCCCCAUUCUUCUUCCCCCGGCAAUGAAAUCGAUGACGGUAACUACCAAAACUCCGGUAUUGGAAGACCGGUGGACUAUCAUACGGUCGUGGGCCACUUCAAGGACUUCUUCAUGUAUCUGCCUGUGAUGAUGACCACGCUGAAGGAGACCAUGUCAGGAUUCCCCAAGUUCGCCGAGGGUAUGCGCAUUUUGACUUCAGGUAAAGGACGAGUUGACGGCGAGGACUGUAAGUGCAGUCAAAACGGAUUGGGAAGUGGCGAACUUCUGGACACCAAUAGUCGAUUUGGGUGAUUCAAAUUGAGAGCUGAUUCUUCACACCUGUAGAUACUGUACAUAUGCAAAGAAAUAAAAACAAUUCUAAAACAUAA